AUGACCUUGAUUCUGUAUACGUGCUUCUUAUUGUUAUUCGUGACUGUCGUUACCUCUCAAGGCGAAGGACUUGUAUGUGGUCAAAAUGAACUUUUUAGUACCUGCGGUUCGCCUUGUAUCGAAACAUGUACGUACAAGCCCGAAAUGUGUAUGGCUAUGUGUGAUGUCGGAUGUUUUUGCAAAAAUGGAUAUGUGCGAGCAUCGAACGAGGCUGGCAGUCCAUGCAUCAAACAGGAAGAAUGUGGAAAAGCGAACGAUACGUCGCCUUGUGGCGAAAAUGAAGAAUUCUUGACAUGUGGUUCAGCAUGUCCACCAACAUGUAAAGACUGGUCUUAUCCACUUCCAAAACCGGCUAUGGCGUGCAUUGCGAUGUGUGUGACAGGCUGUUUCUGUAAGGAGGGCUUUUAUCGUUCAAAGGAAGGCAAAUGUGUCAGACGCGAACAGUGUUGUGGCAAUAAUGAGGUAUUUACAGAUUGUGGUACAGCCUGUGUUGAAACAUGUAAUUACCAGCCUGAAAUUUGUACUGAACAAUGUGUCACUGGUUGUUAUUGUCGUCGUCCGGAUUAUGUACGCAUAAAUAACAGUACUAAUAGUGUCUGCAUUCCCCGUAAUCAAUGUCCAAAAUAA